CCAAAUACACACAGUACUGCAUACUACUAAGGUCAACAUCAUGGCCAUGUCCCUGAAGCGCACCGAGGGGGUCACUGUAAUCACCCUGACCUCUGACACCUCCAGCACGUGCCCUCCAGUCUGUCAGCUCUUGGGGUCACUGUGCUACACCCCGGCGCUCUGCUCCCGCCACAUGGCCAUUCCUCGCCGCGGGUCCCUCACCGUCUUGGGGUCCCUCUGGAUCAUGGCCGGUCUGAUGCAGCCGGCCCUGGCCGCCAUCCUUUUCUCCAACAGGGGCACUGCUUCAUUCUCACUCUUGGACACGUACUGCCCCAUGUGGAUAGGUGCUGUGUUCGUGGUCGUUGGAGUGAGUAAUAUUCAGACAGAGAAGAACCCACACCCCUGUGUCCUGCUCUUUAACUCCAUCCUCAGCCUGGCUGGAGCAGUCAUGUCCGUCUUCGCCAUCAUCUGGUACUCCUCGCAGUUCACCUUCUAUUGUUACAGCCCCAUCUUCCGGUGUUUGGACCUUGGUAAUGAUUAUUACUGGCAUGGAAGGCAAACCACUACCCCGAACCCCCACGAGGAGGCGGUGCGGCAGCAGACUCGAAAGGUGCAGCAAGCUCUCAAGUCGGUGGUGUUUGGGGUGAGUGUGGUGCUGAUGGCCAUGGCUGUCCUGGGACCAUGUUUGUGGCUCAGCUCAACUAUUCUCAGCAUCAAAGCCCUCAAAUCCCCACAAGACAAGAGCGAGAGCACGGACCUGAGCAGGAGCACGGACCUGAGCAAGGACCUGAGCACGGCCCUGCUGGAGGACGACGGAACUGCAGCCAGCCAGCACGACCAGGAGUGA